AGGUUAAAUGACGGGGCAAGGACCCAAGAUGCUUGCCGACACGCAUUGGACAUGUAUCGUGUUCUAGAGGCAAAGGGUGAGUUGCGCCUUAAUGAUUUCCUAUAUGACAACGUUGAUUGCGGUCGGCUGUGGGAGUUGGGUGGCCAACAAGGCAGGAGGAGAACGCCAGUCGCCCAGGAUGAUGCAAGGAGGGAUCCUCGAUGGGGUUGGGUGCCAUCUUCAGUCCCAUUUGGAUUUGGCCGUGUCAAGAUGCAAGUGCGUGAUAUCAUGGGCAAUGUGUGGAGCACGCAUUACGUGAAUGGCAUGUUUCCGUUCCGUCAUUUCGACAGAGAAGCAGCUGUAGAGGAAAAGGAAGCGAUGAGAUGCAGGUCACGCGAUGCACGCAUUUCUGACCCGCCACUCAGCAAUCCUGUCGAGUUGGCCUUCGCUGAAGGGAAGGUGUUUACUGGUGAAAAGCGCAUCACAUACGUCCACGUUAUGGGGAAAGAAGCCACAUUUGAUGGCAUCUGUAUGGACUUCUUGGUGGUGGUGACACGUAUUUCCGUUUGCAAUCCUCAUGUGAGGGACCGGCGAUUGCUGGAGGAACACGCUCAACGUUGUUGGGAGAAGAUAAGGGAGGAAGAUCGGCAGAUGGUGUGUAUGGGAUAUGACGACCACAAUGACCGGGCGAUGUGGUUCAUUGUGGAAGACGUGUGCACCGACCAACCACGACCCUCGACGAAUAACUUGUUGCUGGAGGGCAUUCGACGCAGAUACGGGUGCACAUCACCUCUUGGUGUGAUGCAUGAGCUGAGUAGUGGCAGUCCUCCUGUGUGCUGCAUGAGUCUAGGGCUAGCAGCGGUCUGGCCUAUCACAGGACUGAUAGUGGAGACCGUGCGGUGCUGGUUGAUAUUGUAUGCUCUGUUCACCGCUUGUGUGUAUGCUGUUGAGGUGGCGCUGAUGUGGAGUCGCCACUUCGCUCAGGAGGAAGACGAAGAGGAAAAUUGUGCGGAAGAAAUGUCAGAAGAAGUAGAACACGAGAGAAUGCAAGAACGAGGAGAAGGUGACAACAGUGACCGUCACCAUGAUGUCGAUGCAGAGGAGAGCGAUCCGGAGGGAGAAGAGGCAGCGGGAGAGGAUAAAUCCGAGGAGGGCGGAGAGGCAGAGAAAGGCAACAGUGAAGGCGAAGAAAGAGAGAUUACAUCUGCUGAGAACAGUGCACAAUGCGGAACUGAUGAAAAAAAGGGAGGCGCACCGGAGACUUCAUCGAACGACAAACAAAUUGUGGAGAGGGAGAAUGUACCGCUACAGGAGAAGGCCGUCGCAUUGUACAGAGCCGGGUUACCUCUGUACGGAGGGGAGACGCCAAUAAUAUGACUACAACAGAUGAUGAUUUUGAACUUAAGUUCAUUGCGCCCACCGACGACAAACGUGCGGGCGGAGAGAGAAACGAAGAAAGUUUGUGCGCAAGGCCGUGAAAAGGAGAAGAAGGGGUCCAGAUGUAGAUGGACGGGGGUUGGGGGUGGAACAUAGGGAGCAGACAGUGGCAACGGUGUUGUAGGGGACAUGAGUUGCACMUCCACUCACAGUCAGUGGCAUGACACCAAGCCAAUGAGGACCAAAAUGUAAAAUAUAAGAGAGAGAGAGAGAGAGAGAGAGAGAGAGAGAGAGAGAGUUGUUAUCCGAAAACAAAAGACUCUGGAGAAC